CCCCUGGAAGAAGAACAAGUUAAACCUUUAGUUUUUUGAAAGCGAAUUUCCAAUUGUCAAACGAAUAAAAAAUGUCGACGCGAAGGAGAAACGAAUACAAACUGCACUAUUUCAACAUGAAGGGACGCGGAGAGUUGGCUCGUCUCAUCAUGGCCUAUGCCAAAGUUCCAUACGAGGACAUUCGCUACGAAAUGACCGAAUGGCCGCAACAUAAAGCCAAAAUGCCUAAUGGACAGGUGCCCGUGCUCGAGUGGAAAGGUCAGUUCUUGACGGAGAGUCUCGCCAUCGCUCGCUUUCUGGCCCGUCGUCACAACUUGGCCGGCACAGACGAUUGGCAAUGGGCCAAAAUCGAUGCAGUGAACGAUCACAUCGGUAACACAUUCAAUGAUGUGAGACCCGUUUUUUACGCCGGCGACGACCAGGAGAAAAAGAAAGAAGCGAUCGAUAAUUUCUUCAAGAAUUCCGUCGAACCGCUAUUGAAAAGCCUGGACAAGCAUCUGGAAGACAAUGGAGCAGAUUACAUCAUCGGCAAUCAAUGCACUCUAGCCGAUUUGGCCCUCUUCAAUUUUUACGACUUCAUCACUGGAGCGUUUGGCGCUGAUCGUGUUCCCAAGUGUCAACACGUUGCGGCUUUGCACGCUCGAAUUGGUCAAGUCCCGGCCAUCGCAGCCUGGAUGGAAAAAAGGCCAGUCACUCCCAUGUAGUCGGGAGAGACAUAAAAAAAAGUUCCUCGAGUAUGAAAAUGGGACGGUCAAAUACAAAAGGAUAUAUAAGAUAA